AGAUUGGCAGCCCCCAAAGCUUCAUGGACCACUUUAGGAUGGCAGAAGACUCUCAUGGUCAUCAUGAGCCCAUCAGCUUUGGCAUUGACCAGAUCCUGAGCAGCUCAGAGCAGGCUAGCUGUCACCUAGCUCUGAGGACUAAUCAGGAGGAUUACCAGGGAACCAGUAAUGUCUACACUGGAGGUUACAGCACCAUCUACACUACCAGCAGCACCCCAUACCUGACCAUGAGGAUGGAAGUGGAUUCCAGUCCGGUUGGGGUCAUCAGAGUGCCAGCUCACCGUCCCCUCCAACACACUCAUUCACAAGGGACCCUCAGCCACCCUCUGCCUGGACUCACCUUUCCAUGGAUGGAAAGUCCAAAGAAGCUUGGGAAGGAGAGGGUGACAGCUACUGUGACCCCAUUUUGUGCCACCCGUCGGAUUGGUCACCCUUACCAGAAUCGAACCCCACCAAAAAGGAAGAAACCAAGGACAUCAUUCAGCCGCUUGCAGAUCUGCGAGCUGGAGAAGAGAUUCCAUCGUCAGAAAUAUCUGGCAUCUGCAGAGCGAGUGUCACUAGCCAAGGCUCUGCGCAUGAGCGACUCACAGGUCAAAACUUGGUUCCAGAACCGCAGAACUAAAUGGAGGCGGCAGACGGCAGAGGAUCGGGAAGCAGAGCGCCAGCAGACAAGCCGAAUGAUGCUGCAGCUCCAGCAAGAAGCCUACCAGAAGACCGUUUCUCAAACUCUACCAAGAGAUCCCUUGUGUGCUCACAACUCCUCCCUUUGUGCCCUACAGAACCUCCAGCCAUGGGCCGAACAGAACCCUAGUGUAUGACUGAAGACUCAAUGGACCUUUAAGUCAUCCAGCUAGGGCCCUACACUGAUUAGACUCAGGGGCCCCAGUAUUGUAAUACAUUGCCAUCUAGGGGACCUUCAGGAGCCUUGCCAAGAAGACACUCUAAAAACUCAGUUGGGAGUCCCCUGUCUCUAUUGGACUUGAUACCAAGGGGAACUCCCUGUAUAGUUUGGUGGCACUGCCCCUGUGUAGCGGGCAUGGCGAGUCCAUACUGAGUCCAUUUUGUUGGUAUCAUUAUAGAGAAUGAAUUCUUUGUUCUGUCUGUGACUUACAGGAACCCAUACAUGUCAUGUGAUAAGAUUCUAAUUGGAUUCAAUAAAUAAUACAUAAAAGUGUCCAAUCCAGCACCUCCCCACUUCUACACUGACACACAAGAAACUGACAACUACAGUAAUCCAGCG